UCAUUAUCGGAAUAAUUGGUUACUCAAUCCUGGAUAAAAUCUUGAAGAAUAAGGACAGAGUUAAGAAAUGACUCUUUAAUUAACAUUCCCAUAGAACUGCAUAUUUAUGCUUGUGAGAAGUUUGUUUAGAUGCAGUUUAGCUGUUACCCGUAGCCUUACCCUUAACCUUUGUAAAUAAAGAUCUUUUAGUAGCUGGCUUGCUACGUGUGAAAGACUUCCUACAGUUACAACAUUCAUCCAUUUUGGACAAAGUCUAAGUUUAGUUUCGAUUUCAAAGACCAAAGACACAUGAUUCCUGUCAUUGACAUCUCAUUUUACAAGAAUGUCUUCAGUAGAUCAAGAUGGUAAAUUUCAAGAGGUGGUCAAGGACAAUAUAGCAGAGCCUGAUUCUGUUAUUGACUCUGAAAUACCCACACAACCAGCUGUGAUAGACAUUAAAUUACAAAUGACCAACAGUUCCACAGAGAAUCAGUUAGACCCAGACUUUAUUAAAUCUGAUGUCACAUCAUUAGAUAAUUUAAACCAAUUAGAAACGAGGUUAUUUAAAUAUGCUGCUGCUGGUAAUACAGAGGAAGUUACAUCGAUACUAAAGAUAAAAGGGGCUAAUAAAAGUGUAAAUUGGAAGAAUGAUAGAGGAUGGACAGCAUUGAUGUUAGCUGCUAGAAAUAAUCAUGUUGCUGUUGCAAAAAUGCUGCUUGGUGAAGGUACAGAUGUGAAUAUUAUGAAUUCAUCUGGUCAGACGGCUCUAGAUGUUGCUACAUUCUGGAAUAAUCAAGAAAUAGUUGAUCUGCUAACAGGAAAGUCAAGACUGGAAGAAAAACAGCAACUUUACAAUUUCUUUUCCCAGAAUCCCUUGUAUCGUGCUUCAGAAAAAAGGAAUGAUAAGGCAUGGCUUCAGAAGGUUCAGAAAUUAUCAACAACAAAUUUUAUUAUCUUUUCUGAACUUAAUGGUUUUGUGACUCCUGUGAAGAACGCAGGUAGUGAGAAGAAGAGAUCAGGAUUUAAUCUGGGUUUAUUUCAAUACAAACAUUUGGCGGAAAUCUUAGCUAAAAAACCUCUAGUAGUAUUUUUAGGCCUAGAAACUUGGGAUCCUAAAUCUGUUGCUUGGUUUGCUGUGGAUGUUUCAGGAGAGGAAGAAAAUUUAUUUAAAAAUGUACAUGAAGAUGGGCAAUUUAUCGAAGGCUUUCCAUUGGCACUGCAGAUGAUGAAAACAGAUGCAGGAAUUUAUGCCGAAGCAAGAUCAAUUUUAGCUUGGCAUGAUCGUUAUCAGUUCUGUCCAACGUGUGGUUCUUCAACACUCAUAGCUGAAGCGGGAUAUAAACGAGAGUGUGAGAACAAAGAUUGUAGAUCUCAUAAAGGAAUUCAUAAUACCAAUCACCCUCGUGUUGACCCAUCAAUGAUAAUGUUGGUUGUUUCCCCUGAAGGUAAAAGAUGUCUGCUAGGUCGUAAGAAAAGUUUUCCCCCCAAGAUGUAUUCCUGUUUGGCUGGCUAUCUGGAACCAGGUGAAAGUAUUGAAGCAGCAUGUCAACGUGAAGUAGAAGAGGAGAGUGGUAUUAAAGUUGGUCAUAUAGAAUAUCAUUCUAGUCAACCCUGGCCGUUUCCUGCUGUUAUAAUGUUAGGUUGUAUAGCCCAUGCUAAAACAGAUAAUAUUAAGAUUGACCCAGAGGAGUUAGAAGAUGUUAGAUGGUUUACAAAACAAGAUGUUCAGUCUAUGGCCAAUAGAACACAUCCAUUAGAAUUCUUUUUCCCCCCAGCACAAGCUAUUGCUCAUCAACUUAUCAAAACAUGGAUUAACCCGACUUCUAACCUUUAACCUGUUCACUCCUGAACCUGGUUUCAUGGAUCUUUUGUAAUAACCCACAUAAAUAUCCAUCUAUAUUCACUGAAUAUAAAAUAUUGUAUUAAGGGCAUUAUAACUGUGAAAAUAUUUGUAAAUGUCUCUGUCAUAAUUGAAAGAGAAAUGAGGUGCUAUGAUUGUUUGUAACUAGUGUUUCAAUUAGUGUGUCUAUGUGAUCUAUGCAAUAUUAUUAAUGAAAUUUAUGAUUCCAGUUGUAAAGAUUAUGUUAAUUGUAAUAAACUAAAUCAUUUAAUUUUGAUUAUGAUAACAAGUAAACCAGUUAAUACCAAGAAUUCUGUGAUUUUGCUAUGUAGUUAAUUUAUCCUGUAAUUUGCUCAAAAAUACAACAUUGUCAAACAUCAGUUAGGGACUAAAGUCUGCCAUUAAAGCUGCUUGACAAAACCAUAACACCAAUUUUGUUGUAAUCAAAUAAUGGAAUUGUCAAAAAAUGAAUUAAAUUUUAGCACAAUUGGAUGGCAGGCAAUUUACUCCCAUAAUGAGCAUUGAUGUAUUUGGCCUUUAUUACUUAUAUUAAUAAUUUUAUAAUCAGUGGAUUCUUUACAAGAUUUUCAUAUUUUAUAUAUUUCCUUGUAGUUUAUUAGUAUUUAUAAUCUGAUGAUAUCACAUUAAGUAAUUAUAACUUUGUGUAUUAGAAAGGUCUGUGUUGUUUGUCAGUAUCAUGGGCAGCCAUAUUUUACAGACCAUCCUUUGUGUGCAAAUGGGAUAUAAUUCUAAAAACCUUUUUGUCUUACAUUUUUUUCAACAUAUUUAGGUGUGAAAGUAUUGGACACGUUGGUCCAUGCCCCCCACUUCCACUUAAGUUGUCAAAAAUGUUUUUUUGGUUUUUUUUAACAACACCCUUUUACGAAAUUAAUUGAUGGCUAUGGACGAUAGUAUAGAAAUCUUGGUUUUUUUUCAUAUCUACAGCUAAGAAGUUUCAUAUUUUGUGCCUAAACCCCUAUGCCCUUUUUGGGAAAUCCUGGAUAAUGCCACUGAUUGAGAAAUUUCAGUGAUUUGAUUUUACUGCAGUGAUAUUCAGUUAUUAUACUGUAUUUUGUUUUAUAUUGAACCUCAGGGUUUUAUGUCUUUUAUAUACAUGUAUAUUUGAAUGUAUAGUGAUAAUUACACCAAUUGAAUCAAUCAAAGAGUGAGAAAUAUUGUGCAAUGCUGUUAAUGUUAUAAUUCUUGUUUUCUGAUAUAUUUUUUAUUGUUUAGUUGAAUGAUUUAUACUUUUAGUGAAUUUUAGUUGUUUAAUUAAGUUUGUAACUAUUUAUUUAGAUGUCUCUUAAGAGAGGAUUUAGUGGGGGUACAUUCAGCGCAUACUCCCAUCUGGAUCCAGGUGGUGCACUUUAGAAUCUGAUUCUUAUCUCAGAUCACUGAAUAUGGCAUUUCCGACUUCUAGUUUUCAAAAUAUGCCAGGGGAGGCUAUUGUGCGCUUUGUGCCCGCCGCGUCUGCAGUCCAACCGGAUAGUCUCUGGAUCCGCCUUUGUCCCUGCCUUGAAAAAGAGUAUCAAGAGCCCUGUGAUAUUGAUUUUCAAUCAUUUUCAUAUAAUUGAUCAUAAGAUUGUAUGUGAUACUGGCCUAACCCUCUCAAUUUUCUCCUGAUGUGUGAAGUUUCAAGAGUUAAUGAUCGCCUUCAUAUUUUAAGGUUAUAUAACCCCAAACAAGUUGUUUGUUGGGUUGGGCAGGGGGAUAUCAGUCUCAAUCCAUUUCUUACUUUUUAAAGUAAAUCACUAAUCUGUUAUUUGGCAUAUUCAUGUAUAUUUGGUAAAUAAAUA